UUUUCCCUCCUCAGGUCUCCUAGGAGUUUCUCGUUCUCUGUUCCCUGUUCCCAGCUUACAACCACCAUGAAGAUUCUCUGCCUUCUGUUGCUGACAACUGGCCUCCUCUUCCUGAUGGUCAAAGGUGUUGGCAGUCACCCUGGUACAGUUCACAUCAGGUUCAAAUGUAUACCAAAAAUACCAGCCGUUUUCGGUGACAGUUGCCCUUACUACGGCAGCGUGGAAGGCCUCUGUAAUAAUACCAAAUCUGUAUGCUGCAUGGUACCUGUGAGAAUGGAUAAUAUAUAGAGCAUUGCAGCCAUGUAGGGAACAUUUUGCCAUGGUUUCAAUAAAGUGAAACUUCCUUUGAAAAAUGCUUAUGUCAGAA